AUGGCACGAUACCAAUAUCAGCAUCUUCAGGACGGCCGUAGUUUUAGACUGUUGAGUCUACUACCCGGAAACGAUCCAGCCGAUCCUAUUCGCUGUCAACUCCAGGUUCAUUAUCUGACGGAAGGCGGCCAGAUCCCGCAGUACACAGCGCUCUCCUACGUCUGGGGUGACCAGAACCUCGACGUUCAUGUUGAAUGCGAGGAUGGUAUAUUACCUGUUAACAGGGGUUGCUUCCAGGCUUUACGUUCCCUUCGAUACUUGAUGCGCAACCCUAGUCGAGGUUUGGCUUUUACACCCUACUUCUGGGUUGAUGCGAUCUGCAUCAAUCAAUCGGACGAACGCGAAAAGAGUUCCCAGGUUCGGUUGAUGGGAGAUAUCUACCGUUCCGCAGAGACAGUCCUGUGCUUCAUUGGCGACUCUUUCGCACAGGAAGAUCUGUACGUGUCUAAUCAUUGGGGGCCGAAAUCUGGGGCCAGGAGGCGUUUCUUUCGCCGGGAUUCUCGUGCUUCAGAAGGCUGGAAGGCUGACAGGGAUAUCAUAGGGGUAAACAACAUAAGAGAGUCUGCAGUGCGGAAACUCUUCGAAUCGCAGUAUUGGACAAGAUUGUGGACGUUCCAGGAAGCGCUCCUUUCUCACCGCAAAAUCGUGUUAUCGGGGACUGAUAUGAUAGAAUGGGAAUCGAUUGGGACUAUGCUUCAACAAGCGGCUGUUGUGAAGCGCGAAGGGAUCAAUCAUUCACUGCCGAAAGCAAUUCACUUCCAUUCUCUUACGACUACUAGUCCUAUGCUCCGCCUCCUUCUUGAUAGAGACGGUGCGGAUAUUACCAAGCGAUUCAACAAAACUUAUACACAGAGUUUGUCGUUGGAGAUAUCUCGAAUAUUGUCUUUCUCUGAGGAACUCGAAACAUCUGAACCGCGAGACAAAAUUUACGCCUUGACAGGUGUUAUGGCGGCGUUGGAAGUUGACCUCGUGAUCGACUACUGCAGGCCGAUGGCAUUGAUAUACAAAGAUAGCAUCAGAACCUUCUCUACGAAAACAUGGUCCUUCGACGAAUUCGCAAUCAAGUCUAAGGAUUUCUCUUUCACACUCUUAGAUCUGGGGUUCAGCAACACUUUUCAUCGGCCACGCUCGCUCCCGAUCAGAACUAAGGAGAGUUCACCUGUGAGCCGACUCGUUAAGACAACCCCUAUACAGACUACACAGCUCCUAUGUUAUGGUGAGGGCAUAGCAGAAGCGCUUAUGAAUAAAUCGUUGACUAGGGCGGUCCGAGGUAGAACACCUCACUUCAUCAAAGAAGAAGUAAACUCCUCUGAAAACGAUGAUGAAUCCGACUCGUCAAUUUCUUCGUCAACCAAUAAAUCAGUUGAAUUGAGCUUUCCUCUACUUGCCCAUUCACUCGCUCGCUCGUUCUCGAUACGUAAGAGGGACUGGCUCAUAUCAAGGGUUUCCUCGCAGCUAGGGCCUAUAUUGAACCAAUGUGUCAGAAACGAGGAAAGUGGUAGGCACCAUCAAGUUACAACUCGCCCAGGCGAACAUAUUAGCAGUCAGGAGAUACCUCCUACAGAUCGGCGUCACAAGAAUCAGAGAAGACGGCGGGGCCAGGAUGAGCAUAGCGACGACGAAGACGAUCAGGAACACCCUAGGAAGAAAAACAAAGGAAAUGAAGUGGAUGAGAUCAAGAAACUGCUAGCAUGCCCAUUCCACCAAAGAAAUCCACAUAGGCCGUCAGUCAACCGCUCAUGCGGCGGUCCAGGGUGGGAUCGUAUUUCUAGACUAAAGGAACAUCUUUACCGAGUUCAUUUUGUACACCGCUGUCGGAGAUGCAUGUCGAGGUUCGAAACGGCCUCUGAGCUAGACAGUCAUUAUGAAGACGUGACCUCGUGUACGGUAUCAUCAGUUCCUGUUGAUCCAAUGGAGGGAUUCAAUGAGAAGCAGCGAGAGAACCUGAAAUGUAGACGCGUACAGGAAUGGAAGGAGAUUUACCAGAUUUUGUUCCCGGAUGAUGAUGAGAUGUCUAUACCGUCACAACAUUACGCCAGUGUCAUCACCAUCGCUGAUAUCCUGGAUCAGUUCGAUCGCGCCUACCAGGAGGAAGUCGAACGGCAGCUCCCUGGGCGUGUGAGAUCUGUUCUAGAAGCCCUACCGUCUAGACCGAGUUCGUCCAUCCAAGACGAGAUUUUACUCAUGGUAAACGACAUAAAUAGCACAGUGAUAAAUUCCUUCAGGCGACGAAUGGCGGGUGCGAUGCUGGACAACUCCGACCCGGCUCCUCGAGAGGAGUCAGAGGUAACGACGUCAAGGGUCGAGCCUAACUUGGAUAAUCCAGCAAGUUUCUUUCUAGAAUACUUUAACAAUCUCGGCCAUGGAUCCAGCAUGUCGCAGCACCUAGGCAAUGGUUCAGGGUUUGACUAUAACAAUAUCCAGCAUCCUACGGCCAACGUGUAUGCUAGUGAACCAGACUUCGACGUCAACCUAUCACAACUCGGAAAUUUCCAUGGGGCCUACGACGAGAGACUUAACGCUCUCCCUGUCGUUCAAGAUGGAAAUAUAACUAUGUCAGGAGUACCCCAUACACUGAAUCAGAUUGAUAACCAUGACGGACAUUCGACUGAUGAAUGGACUGUGGUGGAAACUCCUCCAGAGGAUAGCUCAUGA